CGAAAAAAAAUAAAAAUAAACGAAGAAACUUCGAUGCCUAUUGUGGAGAUUCCCUCGAAGUUUCAUCUUUCUACAAAAUUCUGAAUGGUAGCAGAAGUGACACAUUCCUGAUUGAAGGGCAGCAAGAAGAUGCCGAAGAAUUUCUGGGUCUCCUUUUGAAUGGGCUCAACUAUGAAAUGAAAAGUAUGAUGAACAUGUUUGAGAGGGAAGACGAAGAAACAAACAAACAAACUCCUAUAGAGAAUAUUUUUGGUGGAAAACUUCUAUCAAAUAUCCAUAAAAAAGGUGAGGAAUCUACGUCGAAUACCCAACCGUUCUUCACCCUUCAAUUGGAUAUUGAAAGGGCCACUACAAUCUUUGAAGCCCUCAAACAUCUCACAGACGUCAAGAAAAUCGAGGGUUUUAUUUCUUCAAAAUCCAAGCAAAACAUCGAGGCCUGGCAACAGAUAUUAAUUGAACAGCUGCCUGUAGUUCUAGUGCUACAUUUGAAGUACUUUCAAUUUGACUGGAAUGGCGACUGUUCGAAGAUAACAAAAAAAGUUAGUUACCCGAUGAAUCUCCAAAUUGAUCCAAAAAUUCUUUCGGAGGGAACCAACCGUUCUUCAGGAAAGGAAAAAUAUAAAUUAUUUGCUAUAGUUUAUCAUGAAGGUGAAGAAGUCAGUGAUGGACAUUACCUAACAGAUGCUUUUCACGAUGGUUAUAACACCUGGCUGAGGUUCGAUGAUGAGAAGGUCAAGGCUGUACCAGAACAUAGUGUUCUAAAACCACAAGGUCAUAGGGUACCUUAUCUUUUAUUUUAUAGACGAAUAUAAGUGAUAGUGGAAAAAUUUGAUCGAUUAUUCGUAUAGUUCGGAUCAAUUAUAUAAUAUUUUAUUUUGUUUCUUUUCCUUGAUGCCUAUUAUAAAUUGUAAAUAUUAUGCAAAUAUGUAUAUUAUAUUUUAAUAAACAAUAUAAAUCGCA